CUGAUUGGAAUCAGAGGACAAAAUGGGGGCUAUGGCUACUUGUACUACUCAGCUAUCUCCUUCUUCUUCGUCUCUGUUUCGCUCUCAAAUUACGAAAAGACCAUUCCUUUUCCCGCCGGCGAAGAUCGACCGUCAUGGGUUCUCACCACGGAGGCUAAAGUCUCUCUCUUUGUCCCAUCGUUCUUCAGUCUCGGCUUCGGUUGCUUCCUCCGCCGAACCGGAGAAAUCAACGAGAACACUUCCGUUUCGAGUGGGUCACGGGUUCGAUCUGCACCGGUUAGAGCCGGGGUACCCUCUGAUAAUAGGCGGGAUUGAUAUCCCUCACGAUAGAGGCUGCGAAGCUCACUCCGAUGGGGAUGUGUUGCUCCAUUGUGUAGUGGAUGCUAUCUUGGGAGCUUUAGGGCUUCCUGAUAUCGGUCAGAUCUUCCCUGACUCUGAUCCUAAAUGGAAAGGAGCUGCCUCCUCUGUCUUCAUCAAAGAAGCCGUGAGACUCAUGGACGAGGCAGGGUACGAGAUAGGAAACCUAGACGCCACUUUGAUUCUACAGAGACCCAAGAUAAGUCCACACAAAGAGACGAUCCGAUCCAAUCUGUCCAAGCUUCUUGGUGCAGAUCCUUCUGUGGUGAACUUGAAGGCCAAAACACAUGAGAAAGUUGAUAGCCUUGGAGAAAACAGAAGCAUUGCAGCUCACACUGUUAUUCUCCUCAUGAAGAAGUGAUUCAGAUUUAAUCAUAUUCCUUAAUGUAUCGAUCUCAUUAUAAAAAUAUUUUGUUAAAUGUAAAUUUUACACAUGGUGUAAUCACCCUUUAGAGCCCUUA